UCUAGGCCCCCUUUAUGUUAAAAACGAGAGGUAGAAGAAGAACAUCAGUCAACAUGGCGGCCGCCGCAGUCAGAGCCCUCGGCUCCAAUCUGUCCAGAAACCUGAGGGAAAUUCGUCUUCAUCUCUGUCAAACCUCCCCGGCGAGCCAGGGCGCCAGGGACUUUGUGGAGAACCACUAUGUGAGUCUGAAGCGCGCCAACCCGGAGUUCCCGAUCCUGAUCCGGGAAUGUUCGGGUGUCCAGGCGAGACUCUGGGGCAGAUAUGAAUUUGGAAAAGAGCAGAGUGUCGCUCUGGACAACAUGAACGCCGACCAAGUCGCUAAGGUGUUGGAGACACUGGCGCAGACCAAACCCUGAGGCCAGCGGGGGUCCCAGCCCAGUACUAGUGUCUAUGUUGUGAAUAUUAAACUGACCAUAAUAAAUGUGUAUGUACAGCUGA